GAGGGGAACGAUGGAGAUUAGACCAAUUAUUAUUGUGCUUUGCUCCAUUGCUGCUGUGAACAAUGUUCAAGGUUACUGGACAACACCAGAUAUUGGCACUGAUCCAGCUGGCUACAACUCCUGCAAUGGCUAUUGUGGUGUAAGCUUUGGCCGCUGCUCCUGUAGAGAUUCAUGUGAAUACAAUGGGAACUGCUGUGACGACUACUUUGAUUACUGUUACAGAACAACGGCAGCACCAACAGAAGACAUAAAUAUACGACUAACUGGACACAACAAUUCCUGCUCUGGGAGAGUGGAGGUCCAGAUCGGUGGCACCUGGGGCACUGUGUGUGAUGACGGGUGGAACAUGGCCAGUGCUGAAGUGGCUUGCAGACAUGUGGGUUGUGGGGCAGCCCUGGAAGCUCUGACACAUGCUCAUUUUGGAGCAGGCAGCGGACAGAUCUGGUUGGAUAAUAUUUACUGCACAGGCAGUGAGACUUCUUUGGCUCAGUGUCAGCAUAAUGGCUAUGGCAUCAGCAACUGUGGACACAGUGAAGAUGCUGGGGUGGUGUGUGAAGCUGGACCCUAUUCUUGCCGGAAUAACUGUGGCAACAGCUUUGAUACAUGUUCUUGUAGUUCCUUCUGUCAUUACAGUGGAAACUGUUGCCCUGGCUUCUUUGAUUACUGCCCAGUGCAAACAACAGCACCACCAACAACAACAAUAACAACGACACCUUCUACACCAUCAACAGAGGCCACCACUCCAGAAACCACUCCAGGUUCCUGCAACUGGUACAGCUGUGGCCAGGACUUUGGUAGCUGUUCCUGCUCAAGUUCAUGCCAAUACUAUGGAAACUGCUGUCAUGGUUACUAUGAUUACUGCCACAGCACAACCAUGGACCCACAAACAACACAAUCCACUCCAGGUCACCACUACUCCUGCCGGUACAAUUGUGGCUACAACUUUGGUAGCUGUUCCUGCACAAGUUCAUGCGAUUACUAUGGAAACUGCUGUUACGACUACUAUGAUUACUGUGGAAGUAGGUCUACAACAGAGCAACCAGCCACCACAAGUUACAACUCCUGCCGGUACAAUUGUGGCUACAACUUUGGUAGCUGUUCCUGCUCAAGUUCAUGCCAAUACUAUGGAAACUGCUGUCAUGAUUAUAAUGAUUACUGCCACAGCACAACCUGGGACCCACCAGCCUCAACACCGGACCAUCCAGAAUGUGGAGGACACCUGAAUGGUUCUGGAACUUUCUCCAGCCCAUAUUAUCCAGGCUAUUACCAUGAUAAUGCCUACUGUGUGUGGAGUCUGUCAGCUCCUUAUGGACAAAGAAUCCUCCUCACUUUUUCAGAUUUGGAGAUGGAGCGCUGCUGUAGCUGUGACUACAUCACUGUGCAUGACGGCUCCUCAGUGGGCCACAACCAGCUGGGUCGGCUCUGCCACAACUCCUCUCUGGACACCUUCCACUCUUCCUCCAACUACAUGACUGUGCGUUUCCGUAGUGAUAGUAGUGUAGUAGGUCGUGGCUUCCAGGCUCAAUUCAUCAGCUCCCUGCCGACUGAUAAAGGCAGGGUGCAGUGUGUUUUAGACAACAUGAACAUUGUUAUUUCAAGAUCUUUCCUGGCUAGUCAGGGAUUCAAUGGUCAUGAUCUUUAUGUCAAUGAUGAACACUGUCGGCCGACCACAAACAGUUACCAGGUGAUGUUUGAGUUUCCUCUCAACCGCUGUGGAACAGUGAGAAAGUUUGACAACGGUCGUGUAAUUUAUGAAAAUGCUGUGCGGGCAUAUUCAACCAGCUCUGGGGAGAUCACGCGUCAUUCAAGUAAAUUCAAGUUGUCUGUUAUCUGUCACAUGGAAAAGGACUCCGUAUCACAGAUCAUGUAUGUUGCCAGAGAAAUUUCCACCUUUAACAUCACUGGAACUGGUCGAUUCAAUACUACCAUGGCUUUCUACACCUCUGGGAGCUUCUACCAGCAAAUUCAUGAUAAUCCGUACUAUGUAAAUCUCAAUCAGUACAUGUACGUUAAGGUGAGCCUAAGGAGACCUGACAGCAGCCUCGUCCUCUUUCUGGAUACGUGUGUGGCCUCACCAAACCCACAUGACUAUGCUGACUACCGCGCCUAUUAUCUACUGGUCAAUGGGUGUCCAAAAGACACAACAUACUACUCCUAUGUGAGCGGCUCUGAGAGUCAUGCAGGCUUUCGCUUCCAGGCUUUCAAGUUCCUGCGGGCACAUGAAUAUGUGUACCUGCAGUGCAAGGUCAUCAUCUGCCCUAAAAAUGACUACAAUUCUCGCUGUCGCGACGGAUGCCGCACCCGCAAAGCUCGAAGUUUGGACUCUGAGCACCACACAGCCACCAUGGUCCUGGGGCCUAUCAGGCUGAAAGAUGUGGAGAAUCCUAUGGUGAAGCAGCUGGAGGACAACGUGGCUAAGGUGGAUGUCUGAAGAAACCACUCAUGUUCUCACCGGUCCAAAUUAAUCAAUAAAUUCAUCUAAUUAUUUCCUGUUUACAAAUCAUGUAUAUCAGAGUGGCUCUCUGAUACCUUACUGCAAAUUACUCUCUUUUUUCCAUAACUUUGUCUGUCAACAAAAUGAUUAAAGCAUUCCAAAAAGGCAA